AUGAAUCAAGCUGUGGAUGAAAAUACGAGUGGUAUGGUGUGGAUGCGCGAGAUUCUUGGGCGACAGACGUUGUCGCAGCUGGAGGACGCAAGCCGUGAUCUGAACCUAGUGAAUUGCUUUUACAAUGGCUUUGAAAUGUGGUGGCUAGCCGGCAUGCCAAUCACCCUCGUCUUCGUUCUUACGCUACUAAGCUUUUCUUUAGUAUCGGGUAUUAGUGGCUUGGAAAAGUCAAUGCGCUGGAAUGAGAUGCUUCCUACAUCUAUCUUGCACUCUGUAAACAGAUUAAAUCGAUUGCUUUGUGCUGACUUGAUGGAAGAAAAGAUGGCAAAGACCGCCAUACUGAGUGGUAGAGGCGACCUCAAAAUUCCACGCCACAUAGCGGUUAUAAUGGAUGGCAACAGACGCUACGGCAAAAUUAAGUAUGGAGCAGGAGUGCGAGGACACUCGGAUGGCAGCAAAACGCUUGUGAAUUUUACGGGCUGGUGCAUUGAAGCGGGAAUCACGAUGCUCACAGUAUUUGCUUUCUCGACAGAAAACUGGAAUCGCGAACAAUCUGAAAUUGACGCUUUAAUGAACUUGUUUAACGAGUUCAUGCAUGAGAUUGUACCAGAGGCUCUAAAAAAAAGUAUACGCGUGCGUGUGCUGGUUUCUGAUGGCCGAAAAAUGCCUCCUUAUAUUUUAAAGGCGAUAGAGGAGAUCGAAACGCAGACGCGGCAUUGUUCUAAGUUCAGUCUCAAUCUGUGUGUCAGUUAUGGUGCACGUGAUGAAAUUGUAAAUGCCUGCAGAAAAAUUGCAAUGGAAGUUUCUAAUGGCGAUACAUCCAUUUUAGACAUAAAUGAAGACUUGCUUAGUCAACGCAUGCUCACAGCUGGCUUGCCUGAUCCCGAUAUCCUCAUUCGAACAUCCGGUGAGCUUCGCAUCAGCAACUUCUUGCUUUUUCAGAUCGCAUACUCAGAGCUUAUCUUUAUAGACAAAAUGUGGCCUGAGGUUGUGCAAGACGAUGUACAAAAUAUCAUUGUCGAGUUUAAUCUACGAAAACGUCGUUUUGGAAAAUAA